AUGUCAUCGAUAACGGCCGAAACACCAAUCGCCGGAGCUGCCGCUGCCGCUGCCGCCGAGGACGGACGGGCCGGCGGCAGCCCGGCGUCGCCGUCACAGUCGCCGGCCUCCGCCCGAGCCGUUCCGUCCGGCGUGACGGUCGUCUUCGCGGAGCGCAAAAGGACCGGGCGCAUCGCCGGCGCCAAGUACAAAGCAGACGGCACCCCUUACAAACGCCCCGGCCCACCGCCCAAACCCGUAGAGGAGCGCGCGCGCUACCAGGCCCGUGGGCCGCUGAAGCGCAUGGAGAGGUCGUACACGGACCAGAAGCGCAGGGAGGUCGUCAUGUUCCUGCAGAACCACAAAAUCCGCGUGACGGACGAGAACGACAUACGCGCGCGCAAGGGCUGGAACGGCGGCCGCGAGGACCAGCAACCGCCCGAGGAGCCCGGGUACCGGUGGCCGACGCUGAAGGAGACGUCCGACUGGUUCAAGGUCCCCGAGCGGACCGUCCACAGCUGGUGGAAGCGGCGGCAGAAGAUCCUCGGGAACGCGCCGAAUAAGUUGACCAAGGCCGAGAAGAGACGAAUGGCCGAGGAGGAAGAAAGGAGGCGGAAGGAGGCGGAGGAGCGGAGGGAGCAGUUGAGUGCGAUCGGCUGGCCGACGGAGGCCUUGCCGGAGGUGAUUCCCGGGGUCUACCGCAACCCAGGGCCGGCGAGAUGA